AUGCGCAGAAGGCUUAUUGAUUCAUUAAGUGCGGCACAGGAGUCAGCCCUGAAUGAAGUAUCCCCCUCCGACUCCGAAGCCCAUGACGCAAACACAUCUUCGGACUUCAAAGUUCGUAGAAGAGAAAAUGUUGGCUCGCCGCAAACAGACCAAAAUCGGAUUCCAAAAACCUCCACAGCAUCCAUAGAGAGUGCCAGGGAGACAAGAACAUCGGCACCACCAGCUCUUUUACGUUCCAGGAUAACCUACGCUCGCCAGCGCUCUUUUCUAGGAAGUGCCUUGAACGACUCUGUCUCUGGUAUUCAUGAUGCUCCGGUCGCAGCUUUGAACAAUACCGAAGCCGGGAUACUUUCUGUAGCCCACAAAGCUACCACUUCACUCCCGCUGUCGGCUGAUGGCGACGAUCCUGGCAGGCCUGUCCGUAGCAUUCACGAGCUCAGACAGGCUGGGGACAAUGCUCGCUUCCAAGAGUCGGUUGAGUCACUAUUCGAUGACAUCGACAACCCCGGCAACUCGACUUCCGAUAUAUGCAAUGGGAUAAUCCAACUGUGCAAAAAGCUACUCGAACCCAACUUUAUGCAUAGAUUCUCGGAGAACGCUUUUGACGAACGACUAGUGAAAUGUACAUUGGGCAAUCUGGACGUUGUCCCUACAUGUCUGACACUAUGUGCCUAUAGGUUGGUUUGUCUUAAAGGAAUACACUCAUACUCGCAUUUGAGAACGUUUUGGGCACGACUUGUCGAUAGAUCACAGUCACUGCUCAUGGUGAAAGACGAUAUCAUGUCAUUGGCAGGCAAGCCACGAUCUCAUCUUUCGAAAGCCGUGCAAGCCUCGCUAAGGGAUCUUAUCCCACAAUUGACUUUCUUGUUGUUUCCCGAUAGCACGGCACCGAAACUCUACCCACAUUUGAUCAUUCUUUCCUGCAUUCAAUAUUGCUUGGCAGUAUUCCAAGACAAGAGCCACCGCAUAGAGUCAAUGUCUCCGCCUAUGUUAAGCAGUCUCGUCGGGCUUCUGCUUCCGAACAGUGCUGAAAGCCCAACACACCCGCCUCUCCAUAACAACUUUCAAACGAAAUCAAUGACUCUCCGUAUCCUAGAGAGCUACAUAAUGUUAUCCCCUAUGCCACGCUAUCUGUACAGCAGUCCUUUCCAGAAGUUUGUCCUACUACACAAUGACUUCAUUGAAUCAGCUCAGGAUGAUCAAGGCAGACAAAUUCUGGCACUGUAUCUGAGGGUCAUACUUAACCUCACCAAUAACGAAUGUUUGGCGUGCGAACAAUAUGCCUCCCCCGAGAUGAUCAUUGGAUUUGCUCGAAUUGUCAGCGCAGGAUUGUCUAGUGCAUCUGCUUUCUUUGGCUCUAAUGAGCAUGAUCCUGUCAGCCUUGUUAUCCUGGCUCUGGGUAUCCUUACAAAUCUGGCAGAACAGAGCGAGAGUUGCAGAGCUUGCUUUCUUAUGCCAGCGCAUGACUCACAGCCCCCCCUUGACAUACUUGUGCAGCAGUUUUCUCUCAACAUUGACCUUGUCAGCCAUGCAAAAUCCGUUUCUGAGGUACAUUCCACUGUUGCUGUUGGCUACUUGUCAAUACUAUUGGCUGUCCUCUGUUUGCAUACAGAACCAUGCGCCCGGAUUCGAGAAUUGCUACUUAACUUUGGUAGAGAGGUCGCCUCUGUCAAAUCAACGGCCAAGGAAUUCUUCCUAUAUUAUGAGAAAGCUGAACGAGAUUCGCGACUCACCGAACCUCAAGAAAAUGGCAACACAUCCACGGCACAAAGCUAUUAUCCGACGAUUGAAAACACGUUCAGCCGCAUCAUCAAAUACAACGGCCAAGAUUUCGCAACUGAGAUUGUUGACACAGCCGGCCAAGAUGAGUACAGCAUACUGAAUUCUAAGCACUUCAUUGGCAUCCAUGGGUACAUUAUUGUUUACUCGUUGUCAUCCCGUCAAUCAUUCGAUAUGGUCAGAGUUAUCCGAGAUAAGAUAUUAAAUCAUCUGGGUGCCGACCACGUGCCCCUUGUGAUUGUCGGAAACAAAAGUGAUCUCAAAUCCGAGCAACGUCAGGUCUCGCUUGAAGAAGGUCGGCAGCUGGGUGAGGAGUUUCACUGUGCGUUCACUGAGGCUAGCGCUCGCCUUGAUUACAAUGUUGGAAAGGCCUUUGACUUGAUCAUUGGCGAGAUUGAAAAAUCACAGAAUCCGUCUCAGCCUGCAGGCGGCAACAAGUGUUCUGUAAUGUGA